AUGUACUCGAUGCUCCUCGAGGUGUGGAAUCACGUCCAGUCUUUGAAGCCCGCUUUCAUUUCAAAGAGUCCGCAUUUCAAUUUCAUCACUGUCCACUACUUCUGGAUCAUAGGCAUGGUAAUAUUUGGCUCCAUUUGCCUUUACCCCGUUAAAAAUAUCAAAUACAUCGAUGCCCUUUUCAUUGCAAGCGGCUCAGCGACACAGAGUGGCUUGAACACGGUCGAUAUCAAUACCCUCAAUACCUUUCAACAAAUAGUUAUCUACUUAAUCCCCAUGUUGACGAAUCCAAUCACUAUCAAUUCCUCUGUUGUCUUCCUACGCUUAUAUUGGUUCGAGAAACGUUUCCAGCAUAUUGCACGAGAGGCCAAAAAAAGCAGGAGAAGUGUUGCCAAGACCUUUUCGAAAGCCAGGACGGAUGAGCGCGACCUUGACGCGGAGGAGAUGGGUGUAAACGGGCGGGAUAUCGUUGUUAUGCACAAAAGUACAGUACCUAACGGCAUGACAAAGGGCGACGCUCGCCCUGAGGACUUGGAAGAGUAUAUGGCAAAAGAAAGGAUGCAAGAUACUACCCGCUCUUCUGGUGACACUGCAGAUACCAGCCAAGGCCACAGCUCUAGAUCCGACGCACCCCCUCAAACAGCAGAGUCGAUUCCAAAAGCACCAACACAGAUCAAGUUCGCGGAUCAGGUAAAACGGAGCAAUGGCGAGGCAGAUGAGCCUUUGCGUAUGCCAGUUCUCCGAAGCCACGAAGAGCAUAUUGCAAUUCUGGAACGUCAACGAAAGCAGGAUGAUGGGGCUGUUCUUCGUAUCCCUGGCCCACGCGAUGCUGAUGCUGGUAUUGAUCCAGAAGCUCUGGAUGACUCUGAUCCCCUAAAACAAGUUAUGACUCGAAGAUCGCUAACCUUUGGAUCGCAUCGAGAAAGUAUGGACGCCCAAAAUCUUGACAGCGGUGAUCACACAGACGAGGAGAAUCCCACAAGACCACGCAAUAUCACCAUUGCUGAGCCUAUCAGGUCGCCAACCACUGAGCAUAUGGCAGAGGACGCCGUUGCCGCAAAACAUACCUUGGGUGCUCUACGGUUUCGCAAGCCGAGAAUGUUCAAGCCUCCGUCCGAGAGAAAGAUACACGAAAAUAGCCAUGACCAUCCUUUGCAUCCUACUAGGUCUAGAGCAGCAACCUUUCAGACGAUCAGGAGCGCCCUAACUGGAGAAAAAGACGAGGGAAUGCCCUAUCUAAGUUGGGAGCCUACUGUUGGACGAAAUUCUGCUUUUGUGGAUCUCAGCGAAUCGCAAAGAGAAGAAUUGGGAGGAAUCGAAUAUAGAUCAUUGAAAUCCCUCGCGUUAAUAUUAACGGUAUAUUUCUGGGGCUUCACUAUCUUCGGUGUCAUCUGUCUGCUCCCAUGGAUCAUGCAUAAUGCCAAAUAUACAGCAAUUGUGGAUGCUGACGGCCAGGGGAAGGUUUGGUGGGGCAUAUUCACUGCAAAUUCAGCCUUCACUGAUCUGGGAUAUACUCUUACGCCCGAUAGUAUGCUCUCAUUCGCAGAAGCGAUUUGGCCUUUAUUAUUGAUGAGCUUUUUGAUCAUCAUCGGAAACACCGGCUUCCCAAUCAUGCUUCGAAUCAUAAUCUGGGUUACCUCAAAAUAUGUACCAAAAGACAGUGGUAUUUGGGAAGAGCUCAAGUUCCUUCUCGACCAUCCGCGCCGUUGCUUCACACUACUUUUCCCCUCUCAGGCAACUUGGUGGCUCUUUUGGAUACUGGUGGUCUUGAAUGCGGUUGACUUGUUAUUUUUCGUCGUUCUUGAUCUCGGAAACACUGUGGUCACGGAUCUCCCUGUCAAUAUUCGAGUUUUGGAUGGUUGGUUCCAAGCUGUCUCGACGCGAACUGCUGGCUUUGCAGUUGUAAAUCUUGCCAUCCUCCAUCCUGCUAUUCAAGUAUCUUAUCUCGUCAUGAUGUACAUUUCCGUCCUUCCAAUCGCCAUUUCCGUUCGACGAACCAAUGUGUACGAAGAGAGAUCCCUAGGUAUAUAUGGUAAGCAAACCGAGGAGAAUGAGGACGAAGGCGAGCCCUCAUACGUUGGAGCCCAUCUUCGGAGGCAAUUAUCCUUCGAUCUGUGGUACAUAUUCUUGGGCCUUUUCAUCAUCUCCAUCUCCGAAGGUAGCCGCAUCCAAAGCGGCGAUCCAGACUUCACCCUCUUUACCAUACUCUUUGAAAUUGUCAGCGCCUACGGCACCGUCGGCCUCUCCCUCGGCUACACCGGUAUCAACGCAUCCUUCUCUGCCGAAUUCGGAGUCAUCGGCAAACUUGUCAUAAUCGCCAUGCAGAUCCGUGGCCGCCACCGCGGUCUCCCCUACGAACUCGACAAAGCUAUUCUCCUGCCUAGUGAGCACUUGGAAGAAAAGGAAGCCGCCGAUGCCACCGUGCGAGUUCGCACUAGACGUAACUCCAAUAACAUCAGGCCCGUCAGCAGCAACGCUGGGAAAACGGAGCGCAGUCUUAGUAGACAGAGAACCUCGAGCCAAAAUUUCCUCAGCACACUGCUUCAUCCUGGCCCAACGAUCCCCAAUAGUCAUCGUAAUGGCCAGGCCCAGCACACUGACUUAGCUCCGGUUUCUGAAUCCAUGCGUCGGCAAAGCAUUGCGACUACCGGGCGAUCUGCGCGCAGCGUCAGUCCUCGGGCUAUGGCUGGGAUUGGCCGUGCAAAUUCACAAUUUGGUAUGCCGCUGGAUGACGUUAGGAGGGGCCGCACGGAGGGUCGCAGGAGUUUUUUCCAGGAGGGUGUUAAUCCUCCGCCUGCGCCUGUAUCUGCACCUGCUGCACCUGCACCUGCGCCUGCGCCUUUGGAUACAAAUUCUUGA